AAAUAAUACUCGUCGCCUUAGCCAAUGGAUAGUCGUCAUUCAUUUGCCUAGGCGGAGCUCCGAAAAGCAAACAGACCAUUCAGAACAUAGCCAUGCUGCAAACACGGAAGAAACAAUGGACAGCUCUUAAUGGAGCAUGACAUGCUAGAGUGUGAGAGGAGCAUCAGUGGCCAUGCCUUCCAAGCCAGAGUCAUGUGUGGUGGCCUUGCCUCGCUGGGAGAUUGCCCUCUAUUGGGUUCUGUCUCUCGGCUCCCACCUCUACUCAUUUUAUGAGGUGCACAGAUUCUCUAAAGAACAUGAACGAGGGCUGGACCGAGAGGUCCCCUUGGAGAGAGGCUUCCUCAUCUGGGGUCUGAAGAGGGAUGCUGCAGACUUUGAGUGGAGCUUCUGGAGUGACUGGGCAAAGAAGUCCUUACUCUGGUCUCUGAUUGGCCAUGCUGCCGUGUCCAGGCUCGCUAGUGUUUAUCUACCUCAGUGGCAUCUUGCUAUACUCACAGUUUAUGGAGUCCUGGCUGCCUGCAACCUGCUGGGGCUAAAGGGUGUGGCUGUCCUGAUGCUCCAGCAAAGCCUCUCAUUGGCUGUUGCUCAGUUACAUAACCCCGCCCUGUGCUGGGGCUCCUCCUUCCUGCUGCUCUCCACACUUCACAUCAGUAGUCUGCAAGACAUCCAGCGUGGCUGGUAUGAGUCCGAGGAGCAGUACUACCUCUUGCUCUUCAGCGUUGCCGUGUGUGGCCUCCGCUGCAUCAGCUUCAGCCUGGAGUUCUGCUGGAGCGCCUCAAGUCAACAGCAGCCCCAGUGCUGCCCCCAGCAGGCGGGAGGACCACAGCAGGUCAGGGGCCUAAGACCCUUUCUCUCCCAGCUCUACAGGCUGUCCGCCUACUGCUUCUACCACCCUGUGUUCUACAACGGCCCCAUCAUCAUUUACAGGGACUUCAGUCAACAGAUGCACAGGCCCCCUGCAGGUGUGUGUGGCAUGUCCGCGUGGUGUGUGUUGAAGAGUGCGCUGCGUGUCUGUGUGUGGUGGAGCGUGACCGAGGCCCUGAUCCAUUGCAUGCACAUGCACAGCAUCCAGAGCAAUGAAACCUACCUGGAGAUUCUCCCGCCAUGGGCACUCGGGGGUCUGGCUCUGGCCCUGGUGCUGUUCUUCUAUGUGAAGUACCUGGUGCUGUUCGGUGUGCCGUCUCUGUUGGUGCGGUUGGAUGGGCUGGAGCCGCCCCGGCUGCCCCGCUGCGUCAGCAUCAUGUACAGCUUCACAGGGAUGUGGAGACACUUUGAUGUGGGACUCUACAGGUGGCUCAUUAGGUACAUCUACGUGCCUCUCGGCGGCUCUCACAGCGGCGUCUUCCGGAAGGUUCUGUCCACGGCCCUGGCGUUUGGCUUCGUGUGCUUCUGGCACGGCGGCCAUGACUACCUGCAGCAGUGGGCGCUGCUCAACUGGGCCGGCGUGCUGCUGGAGAACGCACUGAGCACGCUCCUGACCUCCGCCCCUCUCCGGACCCUCAUCGAGCGUGUUCUGUCCCCGCCCAUGAGGAGGCGUGGCCUGGCCUUUGUCUCCGCCUUCUCCACUGGCCUCCUCAUCUUGUCCAAUCUGAUCUUCCUGGGUGGGAACCACGUGGGCAGAAUCUUCUGGAAGAGAGUGUUUGUCCAAGGGUGGUCCAACAUCGCCAUACCCAUGCUGGGCUUCCUGUACUGUUUUGCUCAGGUGGGACUGGAGUGGGACCGCAAGGCCCGCUGACCUUCGACCCCCAACAUGCCUCAGCAACCGGCCUGUGACGGAGCUGACGUGACGGCUUUCAUGAAAAACAAUCGACUUCCCUCUUCCCUCUGCUGUAUUAAGCUAUUUAAAACAGAACUCUUUCAUAUGAAUGGGUGUGUUUGUGUGUGUUCAUGACUGAUUUGGAAUCAGUUUUUCCCACUUUCACUCCCUCCAUUGUUUUCUGGGCACCCAGGUUUCCUGGGCAACCAUUGUUUCCUGUCACCUCUCUUUGAUUAGUGUCCAAGUUAGCCUUAGCCUCUGGGCUAGCCUCCCAAUCCCCCUAUUCGUCUCUGGGCGCUAGCAGUGAGAGCGGAUCUGUGACAGUAAUCUGAUUAGCGCGCGGGUCAGACCCCAAAUCCCCUUCAUUAGGGAGACUUAGAUGUGGACAGGCGUCACAAAGCUCUCUGCAGAGAAUACACCUUCAGCAUUACACUUUAAAUAGCUUAUGCUAAGAACGCCACCUUAUUAGCCACGGGUUAGCGAUAUCAAAAUAAUUUCAUCAUGUGUAAUGGACCCCAUCUGUUAGGGACUCUUUUACACGCGCUUUUAUGUCCAUUACCUUUAGGUUUUGUGACGCAUCUUAUGUUGGACCAGAAUUAGUUUCACGGUUAACUACAUCCUUGCCUGUCAGCCUGUAACUGCCUUUUCUUAUGUUUCCUCUGUCUUUCAAUCUACCUCUAUGUCUUUGUAUAAUGGGCCAGUAUUGCUUUGUUUUCCCAAGAGUGGUUCACUUUUCAUUUUACUUCCUCGUUUGUUCUUUAACAAAUCCUUACAUGAACACAGCUGCAAAUGGCUCUCUCUCUUCACACCGACCACAGCGUCAUGUCUUAAUGAAAGAAACAGAGUGCCUGUGUAUAAAAUAUUUUUAUCAUUAUAAAUAACAUUUUACAUUUCUUUACAAAUUCUCCUCUUUGUGCUUGCAGAAGGUAAAAUGUCCAUCCACAGGAGAGAUGCGUACAGCAUUAAUAGAACAUGUGCAUAAACCUCAAAAGUGUCUUUUCUUCAUAUAACAAUAAUUCAUAAUAAUUAAUAAUUUACUCUCUCCAUAUUCUUUCAGUAAAUGACAUUCCAAAUAUAUUACAUACAUACUUACAUACAGUGCUUAGUGCUACCAGGCAGCUGAUGCAGAGCUGGCCAUAAAAAUAGUUGCCCACAGGCGGGCCGUGGUUGCUGAUCAUGCGUGCGUGGGCAUGGGGCGUAGGGGAGAGGUUAAUCUUGGGAGAGGUCAUGUGACACGUGGUGGGGCGGAGUAGGGUGGCGCAGGGGCUGUGAUGGUGUGGCGGACGCUCGCACGUGACCAGGUCAGAGGUCAGAGAGACGUGUACAGUCGUUAUAUGUGUACAGGAUGGGGUUCAUGCAGGGAUGGUAACUGUCUGUCUUUCUCUCUGUCUCUCUGUCUGUCUGUCUGUCUGUCUGUCUGUCUCACUUUUCCCCCACGCCCCUUUAAGAUAAAAAUGAACGCUUCACAUGUCCAGGCUGAAUUCACAUAGAACAACAUUCAACAAGUGCAGCUCUAGGGUUAGGUAGAUCACUCCCUGUGGCUGUGUGAACUCAACAGUACACGCAACUGGAAACUCUCUCUCCCUCCGUCUCAGCCACUCACCUCAGCACCAACAGAUGUACUGCGGUCUCUGCAAGAGUGGUGCAUCUGAAUCCUGCCUAUUCUCACUCUCCUUCACAAAAGAUCAGGCUGGAUUUUUCUACAUCGCAUGAGUAAGGUCUGUUUUAUGGGGGUUAAAAGGUUCAUAAAAAUAGAUGUAUAUUUAUUUAUAUUUAUUUAUAUAUAUAUAUAUAUAUAUAUAUAUAUUUAUAUUGUUUACGUUCAGUUCUGUCAGGCCAUCGUAAAUAUGACAAACGUUAUAGGGUCCACUCGGAGAGUGCUGUAGAGACUAUAGCCAUAUUAUGGGUUGCGUUAUUGCUUCAUAACUCCUCAUGAGCAUGACAGUCACAUUCAUGGUGGCAUGUGUUAGCAUGACGUGUCAGCGCUCCGGCAACAUUCAUAUGUCAUGGUCUACAUAAAAAGACUGACGUUAAAGAACCAGGCCAAGGAAACGAGAGGGCACACAGAGGACGCUCUUAGCAUUUAGCAUGUUUUGAUUGCAUACAGAUGAACUUUGACCUUGACUUUGGCUCGUGCCAUCAAAUAGUGUACCACACUGACCUUUAAUGCCAUUUGACAGUCAUUUGUGUUUUAUACUUUGAAAAUGUCGGUGUCCUGCUUAACCAUGAAGUAUUUAGGGG